AUGAGUAAACUACUGGCCGACCUCGACAGGCUUAUCACAGCCGAAGAAAAGGUCGAAGAAAUGUUAGCAAACAACGAAGCGCUACAAAACAGAAGUAAGCCUAGUACAGGCCAAAGAAGAAACGACAGACCACCAGGUCGAUUACAGUCGUGCAUUUACUGCAACUCACCUGAACAUAGCUCUCAAGCAUGUACCAAAGUUGCCUCAAUCAAAGAGAGAACACAGCUCUUACUCAAGUAUAAAAGAUGUCUUAACUGCACGAGAUCUAAUCAUCUUUUGAAAGAAUGCAUAAGUAAAGGAUGCAACAUGUGCGAAGGCAAAAAGCAUCACUCUUCUAUAUGUCCAAAAAGGCAAAAUAAAGAAAGCCCUACGCAACAAAGAAACAACAUUACCGGACCAGCGCACACAACAAAACGGACAAAGCAAGAUACAGGAAGAUCUACCCAAAGGCAAAACUACACAGCAUCAUCGGAAUCAUCAGAUCCACAAAUAGGAAAGACAGAUCAGAAUAAGGAAGAAGGAUCAACUUCGACAUUCUACAUCUCUAAUACUGAGCCAAGGAGAACCACGAGUAAAGUUCUACUCCUCACUGGAAUGGCGAAAGUUUGCGAUACAAAAAGUGGAGAAAUGAAAGAAGUAGAAAUACUUCUCGAUACAGGUGCUGACCGAUCCUUCAUAACGGGGAAACUAGCGAACAAACUCAACUUACCAAACAUCGACAGUGUGGACUUGUCUGUUUAUACGUUCGGCAACAAAGCCCCCCGUCAUCAAAAGUGCGAGGUCUGCGAAUUACAACUCUGGGACACCCAAGGAAAUAUCCACAAUCUUUCACUAUGCAUAACUGAUGUCAUUACAGAAAAAGGGAAACAAGCCCGGCUCACAUCAGAAGACCGAAAAUACUUGCAGCAACAAGGAAUCACCUUAACGAAGAGCAAAAAAACACUCACCAAUCCACAGGUGCUACUGGGCUGCGACACAUUGUGGCCCCUUCUGAACUGCGCAGGCACAUUGCAUGUUCUGCCAUCAGGACUGUUCGCAAUACCAUCCAAAUUAGGAUACCUUCUAAGCGGCAAGCAAGAAUUAUGCCGAAGGAAAAGGAUUACUGACACCAAAGUCAACGAUUCUGGCGAAAAAACAACGAUAGCACAGCUAAACGCACAAGAGGCAGCAGAACUCGAGCGAUGGGAUCGCUACUAG